GAUAACACAACGAGUGCAUGCUUCUCCUAGUCACGUGACAGGAAAAAAAAACAAAAGGGGGGAGAUGAAGAACUCGAUUAAGAUAAACUUGGAGGUUGUGAAGGAGUCAGGAGGGAGUCGUUUUAUCCACAGGAAUGGAAGAAUAUGAAGAACUAGUGAGUUUAUUGGUCCAGAUGUGAUGGGAGCACUGGGGGUGGAUGUCACCAGGAUAUGAGAUGAGCAUGUAAAUAAAGACUUAGCAACAGGAGAAGAUGAAGCUGAAUGAGCGCAGCGUGGCUCACUAUGCCACCUGUGACACCCCGCCGGACAAGACUGGCUUCCUGUUCAAAAAGGGCGAGCGGAACACGGCCUAUCAUCGACGCUGGUUCAUCCUGAAGGGCAACAUGCUCUUCUACUUUGAGGAGCGCGACAGCCGGGAGCCCAUCGGCGUCAUCGUCCUUGAGGGAUGCACGGUGGAGCUGUGCGAGUCGGCUGAGGAGUUUGCCUUUGCUGUCAAGUUUGACUGUGCAAAGGCGCGGGUGUACAAGAUGGCAGCAGAGAACCAGGCUGCCAUGGAGUCGUGGGUGAAGGCGCUCUCGAGGGCCAGCUUUGACUACAUGAAGCUGGUGGUGAAGGAGCUGGAGAGGCAGCUGGAGGAGAUCCAGGAGGCCUCUGGGAUUGGAGCCCAGCAGGGUAAGCCUAAGUCUUCUAGGGGGAAACAGUCAGCACGCAUCAGAUCUGGAGCAUCCUCCUCGUCGUCGUCGUCUUCGUCUUCCCUUUCAUCAGCAUCGAGUGCCCCUUCCAUGACCGCUCUCUGCUCUGCCCAGAAGAACCUUCAGGAUGAGGUACAGCUCAUCUCUGGAAUUUCCAGGGAGAACGGAGUUGCAUGGAAUAAACCGCCAGCUGCCUUGGUUAAUGGUUUUGUUGAAGGAGCUUCAUCGUGCCUGGCCUGGAAAGGCUGUGGAGACUCUGGAAAUAUUGUUGGCUGUGGAGCUGAUGGAGUAAGGGCUCCACCAGUGCCCCCGCGGAGGUUCGGAGCGUCGCUGGAGAGCCCGGUUUCCCCUGGGACUGGCUGCUUCUCCAAACUUCACGACUGGUACGGCAAAGAGGUCGAGGAACUUCGAGCACAGUGGCUUCAGAGCCAGUAGGCCGGCGAGGACCGUUUUUCCCUAGUUCGGACCUUCCUUUCCGGUCAUCCUCCAGUGCUUUCUGAGUUUCAGGAAGAUGAAAGCACUUGGAGCUCUUAAGUGUUAUCACUAAAACAAACAUUUCUGAGGUUUUUCUUUUUCCACAGAAGAUAAAAAAAAAAAAUCAACACUAUUCUGUCUACAAUCUAAAAACAAAUGCUACUCUUUCACCGUUUUGCUGCAAGACUUUUCAGGACAGAAUGUGUAAAACACUACUUAGACACAAUCAAAUCAGUCGUUCUUAUAGGAAUCGCACAUCUCAAUUUUUUUCAUUUAGUAUAUUUCAUUUGGGGGGAAAAAAGCAAUUUUCUUAUAUAUUUUUUUAAAAAGUUGCACAUGCAACCAGAUCUACUUAGUUUAUUGAAAUUCCUAAUAAAAUUAAAAUAACAAAAAUGACCCCAGCUCAGUGAUUGUAAUUGAGAGAACCUAAUAUUUACUGCUGGAGAGGAAAUGCAAAUCUGCAGGAAUCCGGUUCAAGGUGUUUGGUGUUGUAGGGAGACUUGAAGCUAGUUUUCAGUCCAACCAGGACAGCAGGCCUUAGUUCUGUCCUUAAAACCACCUCAACACUGGAGUUCUGGGAACGCCAUUAAUGCUGUUCUCACCCUGGAGGCCCAGUGGUCUCUGAUAUUCGAGCAUUCCCCUUUGACAGUCACCAGGGACUUUAUUGGGAGCCGAAUGUUGUUUUUCAAGCAAGACAUCCUUUUAUUUUUAGCCCGCGUUGGCCAGCAGCCAGAUGAUGCUGUGUCAUAAGAUUGAUUGUCACUUAGUUCCCUUUUGAUUCCAGAGUUCCCUGCGAGGAGGUGGGUUAUUUUAACCUUAAGGAAUCAACAUGGGUUUGCGUUGGCGAUUUCAUUUCAUCUCAUCCAAUCUGUCUAACUGUACAUUUUUAAUUUGUUUUUCUUUUACGUGGGUCAAACCUGAAUGUUGCUAAGGGAAUAAACUUGCAGGUCUGGACUUUCUUUAGCAUUUUAUGUGAGUUUUUUAUGAUUCCUUGUUGGAAAUAAACACUUAACAGUCUUAAUUAGAAAUUUUCUUUACUUGCAUAAGCCAUCAUAGAGCAUCUUUUUGAGUUAUACGUACAUUAUGUUUUAAUCACGACUAAACUGGCUUUCCUCCCCUCCUAAUUGAUGGUCUUCCAUCAAUUUCAUACCUUUUUCUGCAAAAGGCUCGACCCCGGAGCAAUGACGGUUUUUGACGCUGGUUCAGUCACUUUGCAUCUGUAUCACUGCAGCUCCAUUAAGUUUUCACACUGAUUGUGCUUAAUCAUUGCCUGAGAAAAAAAUCCCAGUAUGGAUUAUUUUAAAGUUGCCAAUGUCUACAUGACUGUUGACAUGUACCAUUUGAUAAUCUAGUUGCAUUCAUGCGUUUUCUUCAUGCAUAUGUUGUAAUCUCAUGCUUAAACGUGUGAAUGUGUUGAUCUUACCAUUUAAUAAUUGUACCUUUUGCAAGAGUACCAAAAAUAGAAAUGAACUAUAAACAGUUUCUUUUACAUGUGUUUUUAUCGUUAAUGAAAUUGUUGCGUGCGUUACUGUUAUAGCACUAAUCAAGCUUGUUCAAUUCUAUAAGCAAUAACAUUGUUUAAUGGUACCUUGUGUUUAUGUUAACCACUCAAUAAAUAUUUUUAUACAUUCAAA